GGUAAAAACCGGACAUUCAUCUUGUCUUUCAUUUCUGUUCUUACAAAACUACAUCUGCAGGCCUCAGCGAUUCCUGAUUCGUUCUUUUUUCUUUAAUUUCCCGGUCGAUCUCUGGCCCUUCUUUUCAAUUCAAUAUUAUUAUGCCAGAGAUCGAACCUCAUGUUCCCAAUAAUGCCCUCUUCGGCAAAUACGACCUCGGUCGCCUCCUCGGCUGCGGCGCCUUCGCCAAAGUUUAUCACGCUCGCAACGUCCGUACCGGUCAAAGCGUCGCCAUCAAAGUUAUCAACAAAAAGAAGCUCUCCAAUUCAAGCUUGGCUUCCAAUAUUAAGCGUGAGAUCUCCAUCAUGCGGCGUUUGAACCACCCUAAUAUCGUUAAGCUUUACGAAGUUUUAGCCACCAAGACGAAAAUUUACUUCGUCAUGGAAUUCGUUAAGGGUGGAGAAUUGUUCGCCAAGGUUGCCAAAGGGAGAUUCACUGAAGAUCUCAGCCGUAAAUAUUUCCAGCAGUUGAUCUCCGCCGUUGGAUAUUGCCAUUCUCGUGGGGUCUUCCAUCGUGAUUUGAAGCCGGAAAAUCUAUUAGUGGACGAGAAUGGUAAUUUAAAGGUUUCGGAUUUCGGACUCAGCGCGUUAACGGAACAGAUCCGACCCGACGGAUUGUUACACACGCUUUGCGGGACCCCUGCUUAUGUGGCACCGGAGAUUUUGUCAAAGAAAGGUUACGAUGGAGCGAAGGUGGACGUGUGGUCAUGCGGUGUCAUUCUGUUCGUUUUAACGGCAGGUUACCUGCCGUUUAACGACCCCAAUCUUAUGGCCAUGUAUAAGAAAAUUUAUACUGGCGAUUUCCGGUGUCCCAAGUGGAUGUCUAACGAUCUUAAACGGUUUUUAACACGGCUUCUUGAUACAAACCCUGAAACCAGGAUCACCGUUGAUCAGAUUAUCAAUGAUCCUUGGUUCAAAAAGGGCGGUAUCAAAGAGUUAAAAUUUCACGACGAUGAUGAUGACGAAAUUAAGUUGGAUAAAGAAAAUCCUCAAGUGAAGAGCUUGAAUGCUUUCGAUAUAAUAUCCUUUUCUUCCGGUUUAGACUUGUCCGGUUUGUUCGACGGGCCCGAUAAUUCGCGUGGCAUCGGGGAACGUUUCGUUUCGACCGAGAUGCCAGAGAAAGUGAUAGAGACAGUGGAGGAGUUUGCAAAGGUUGAGAAAUUGAGGCUGAAAAGGACAAAAGAAUGGGGGGUUGAGUUGGAGGGGCAAAAUGGGAAUUUAAACGCUGGGAUUGAGGUUUACCUGUUGACGGAGAAGCUAGUUAUGGUGGAUGUUAGAAGAUGCGGCGGUGAUGCGGUGUGUUUCAACAAUGUGUGGAGGGAGAAACUCAGGCCGCGGCUUGUUAAUUAAUUAAAAGGGAAAAAGGAGAAGAUGGAUUUUUUUCCGUAAUUUACCAUUGUUCUUAGAUUGAAAAGCCAAAAAAAAACAAGUAGUUGAAAUUAUUUAUGUAAUUAUAUGAUGUUUGUGAUUGUAAUAUGUAUUUGAAAUAAAAAUUGUUGAGGCAAACCGGCAAGUAAAUCGGUUGCAAAUGAAAUUUGAGUAGGAAUUUGAUGUUGUAGUUCAAGUAGUUUUGUAACAAGGAUGGAUAAAUUUGAUAAUCCAUCCUGUGUAUUUGUUCUUCUUGUUAGCUUAAAUCUUUUGUGUAAUAAUGUGAUAUUUGUGAUUGUAAUA